UCGUGGAGUGCUGUAAGGGAGGUGACGCGAAUCACGAGGUAGCCGGUGGAUGGCGGAGAUGCUGCGAUUCUGCGCGGCGGCGGGCCUUAUCAGGUACAGCGAGGCGGCGGUGGCGGCGGCCGAAUGCCGCGGCCGGAGGAGGUGGGCGGCGGUUCGGUGCUCCUCCAGAGCGAUCCCCGGGCAGGAGGCGGCGGACGUGGCGGCGGCGUCGAGGCUAGUCGCCGGGGUGGGGGCGGUGGGCGGGGCAGAAGGCAAGGGGCUGUCGGAGCGGUUGCGCCUGGGGAGUCUGGUGCCGGAUGGGCUGUCGUAUAAGGAGAGCUUCGUAGUGCGGUGCUACGAGGUGGGGAUCAACAAGACGGCUACCGUGGAGACGAUCGCCAAUCUACUCCAGGAAGUAGGAUGCAACCAUGCACAGAGUGUGGGGUUCUCCACUGAUGGAUUUGCUACGACGCCUACCAUGAGGAAGCUCCGCCUAAUAUGGGUGACUUCUCGCAUGCACAUUGAGAUAUACAAGUAUCCUGCUUGGGGUGACGUGGUUGAGAUAGAGACAUGGUGCCAAGGGGAGGGAAGAAUUGGAACCAGGCGUGAUUGGAUUCUCAAGGAUUUGGCCACUGGUGAAGUAAUUGGAAGAGCUACAAGCAAGUGGGUAAUGAUGAACCAAGACACACGGAAGCUUCAACGAGUAAGUGAUGAAGUCAGGGAAGAAUAUCUUGUGUAUUGUCCAAGAACUCCUAGAUUAUCAUUUCCAGAAGAAAACAAUGGCAGCCUGAAGAAAAUUCCCAAGCUUGCAGAUCCUGCUCAAUAUUCAAGAUUAGGACUUGUGCCAAGAAGAGCUGAUUUGGACAUGAACCAACACGUAAACAAUGUGACUUACAUUGGAUGGGUCCUUGAAAGCAUGCCUCAAGAAAUUAUUGACACCCAUGAGCUGCAGACAAUCACUCUAGAUUAUAGGCGAGAAUGCCAACAUGACGACGCAGUGGAUUCACUUACCAGUUCAGAAUUUGCGGAAAAUGGUAGCACAAAUGGGAUUGCCACCACAAAGCCACAUGAUCAGGAGCUCCAGCAGUUCUUGCAUUUCUUGAAAUCGUCUGGCACCGGUCUUGAAAUAAAUCGAGGCCGGACAGAGUGGAGGAAACUGAUUCGUUAAGGUUUUGGUUCAUGUACACCAGUUUUUGCUAGCAGAUAAGAGAACUGGUUGGUUAAGUUAUUUUAAUUAUGUUGCAUGUUUACCUGGUAAAUUUCAUCAUUGAUAUUGCGUUAGCUUUGGACAUACUUAUUAUUGCUCUACCGAGAGGACAUUGGACUGUCAAGCAAGCGAUCUUGAUUCCUUUUCUUAAUGAGCCAUGUAAGAUUUGGGUGUAGCAACCAAUGUAUGCUUGGAGACCAAUAAAUUAUUCAGUUUGUUAA